ACCAACCUGCUGCACCCGAGCGUCGCAGGUCAACACACGACUGUAGGCACGUGCAACAAGCUAGAUGGAGGAGCAGCAGCGGCCGGUGCAGCCCGCCGGCGGCGGCGGCGGCGGUGGCGCGCCGCCAGAAGAGCAGUGGCGCGGCGCCGUGGAGGCGGCGCUCCCGGGAACGCCGGCGUCCGCCGCGUGGCCGCACGUCGCCAGCUUCUACGCCGCGCACCGCUACCUCCCUGGCAUCGACGUGUGCGAGCGCGUCGGCGACGGCGGCGAGGAUGGUGGCCUCCUCCUCGUCCCCGGGUGCGUCCGGCACGUGGCGUCGAGCGCGGCGGGGCUGUGGGCGCGGGAGGAGCUCCUAGAGGCGCCGGACCACGCGGCGCGGCGCCUCCGGUACGCCGUCGUCGACAGCAACAUGGGGUUCGGCCGCUACGUCGCCACGCUCCGCGUCCUCGACGGCGGCAGCGGGUGCCGCAUCGCGUGGGCGUUCGAGUGCGACGCCGUGUGCGGCGAGGGGUGGAGCGAGGCGGCGCUGGUGGCGCGGCUCGCCGCCAGCGUGGACGGCAUGGCCGAGAGGGUGCAGCAAGCCGUGGCGGCGGAGGCCGAGGCGCGCGCCGGAGAAGAAGAAGAAGACGGAGUCGCUGGGUGACGUCAACGUCGCCAUGGCGGGGGCGGCGUCUGGUUCGGCGUGUCUUUGUCGUGUCAGGACGUCGCGCGUGCGUUGCGUGCAAGGUGGCUGAUUGAUAGAGAGAUUUUCUGUCGCUUUUUUUUUUUUACUGUAGUGCUACCAUGGAUCGAUCAGCGGCGGUGAUGAUCUCUACAUGAAAUUUAUCUCGUGCCACUAUUAGGUCGUUUUCAUUUUUGCGAUAGCUUUUCAUGGAAAAAUAUUAUAAGAAAAAAAUUGUGUAUAAAGUUUUAUA